AUGGCGAUACGAAACCCUCGUUUGCCACUAUUGCCCGGAUAUGGAUCCAACCCGUUGAUUGGAAAGAAAAACUUUGGAGUACGUCCUGUUUUCACAUCUGUAGAUAAAGUGAAUAUGUUAGUGGAUAAGAAGGACGGAGUCAACCGUGUCCCUUCGUUGUACUGCCGGAAACAAGCUCCUGAUCUUCCCAGUUGGAUCAUGUAUGAUAAAAAUAUAUUGCACUUUCAAGCUUAUUUCCAACAAACUCUUCAUGAAAUGCGAUUGUCUGCUCACAUAUUGCGAAAAGUUGAUAUUUUUUUCUUUCUUGAAGACGGAACAAUAAAGGUAAUCGAGCCAAAAACUGGAAAUAGUGGUCUUUCGCAAGGCACUCUCAUUAGCCGCCAACGAAUUCGUCUUCCGUUCAGCACAGAUUUGUACUAUGAUGUCCUAGAUUUGAACAUUGGUCGUGAAAUACAAUUUUACGGAAAGGUUUUCAAGAUUGUUAACUGUGAUAACUUUACGAGAGUUUUUCUGAAUCGUCUUGGAAUUAAUGUUCCCGAUCCACAACCUUGGCCUGAUGCCGUUGAGAGAUCUCCUGAUACUACUCGACCACCAAAGCAUCGUCCAUUUCGCCAAUUCUUAGAUUUUGAUAGGCAGGUUCUGAGAUUUUACGGGUAUUGGGACGAUCGAGACACUGAAUUCGGAAUCAUACAUCACUUAGAGUUACAUUAUUUCUUAGCUGAUGAUACAAUGGAAAUAAAAGAAGUUCUACCGCCGAAUUCUGGGAUGGAGGCUGGUCCCAUGUUUUUAAAAAGAAUGAGAUUACCAAGAAAAAUUCCACCGCAUAUAGAGAUGACCGGUGGGCCGCAAUAUGCCUCAUACGGUCCCGCUGACUUGAGCAUCGGAGCUGUCGUUAAUGUUUACGGUCGAAAAGUCGUUCUUACUGAUUGUGACCCUUUUACUAAAGAAUUUUAUCGAGUCACCUAUGGGUUUGACACGUUUACUCCUUUACCAAUACCACGAGACGCAAGUUCCGAGUGCGUAACGGCCAACAUGUCUGAGCGUCAAUUACCUCCGUGGAACGGUUACGGUUCCUACGAUGAUUCUGCCGAGAACUGUCGGACUGUUGAACCAAAAGCUCCACAUAGAGAUUUCAUUAAAUUUUUGCACAAAGAUAGGGUUGGCUUCGAUUCCCAUAUACUUCGAUUUGCAGCUAGAUUGAUUAACGAUAACCCCGAUGACGCAAGACGUUAUUUCAUAAUCAAAUACUUUCUAUGCGAUGACACCAUCGGUAUCUUUGAACUAGGCGAGCGUAACUCUGGUUUUAAGGGUGGAAAAUUCUUUCGACGUGAUAAAAUGUAUCUGCCAGAUGUGGACUUCUUCGUGCCAAAGGAACCUCCUGCGUAUACAGAUAAAGACAUGUGGGUUGGUAAUGAGCUUGUAAUUAACAAGCAUCGUUUUCGUCUCAUCGCUGCGGAUGAGUAUGCUUUAAGGUACAUGGAACUCCACCCGAAUGAGUAUCCGAUGGCAAACAUUGCUUUGAUAAUGGAUAAAAUUCGUCGAACUCUUGCGUCCCAACAAAAUGGUUAUAAGAAUUUCGUGGCUAAAUAUAUGGAUGCAGUUUUGCCGAAUAAAAAAGAACUUAUGUCUGUCAGAUGCUUCAAACAAGCCUUAAAGGAAAUAAUGUGUGAGAAAAUGACGGAACACGAGUAUUUAACUCUAAUUCGACAUUUUCGCGGCGAUAUUGGUAAAGAGAAAAAUCCUCGGCGAGAGAUGAUCAGGUCUCUGGUGUUCACGGAGCUGACGCGCGGUCUGUGGGACGAGCGCGCGCGACUGGUUGAGGGUCUGCGGCACGCGGACGAGGGCGGGUGCGGGGCGUUAUCACCCGCGCGUCUGCGGCAGUUGCUUCGCGCGCACCGCCUGCCAAUCUCCUGCGACCUCAUGGACUGCAUGCUGGACGUCCUUGAAAAAGAUGAAAAUUGCAACAUUAUUUGUGAAGACCUGAUGUCGUUUCUAGACUUCCAAACACGACCGGUGUUCAAUCUCACUGAGGCGGAUUAUCAAAAGGUUGUUCGUCAUGCGCCUCCAGUUAAAGAUACAGAGUGUAAACUUUGGUCUGAAGCGGAUACAUUGAUAAAAGAAGGCUACGUGAAUUGGGAAGCAUUUUUGUGUCAACUCAAUCUUGAACAUCUUGUAAAAGAACAAACAAGUUAAAGGGUCUAUCUACAAAUUGUUUUCGUACCGCUUUCCACCUAAUCAACAAAUUUAUUUCUAUGCUAUUUGUUUGUGUGUUUUUAAUAAAUAUUAAAACAGU